CUAGGGUUGUCUUGGUGCCUUAGAUGGCACCUAUGUCGACGUGAUGGUUGGCAUUAGUGACAAACCGCGAUAUAGAACAAGAAAAGGGCAAAUAUCAACCAAUGUAUUGGGUGUAUGUGAUCGUAACCUGCAGUUCGUGUACGUACUGUCCGGUUGGGAAGGAUCUGCCGCGGAUUCUAGAGUCCUAAGAGAUGCUCUUAAUAGACCUCACGGUCUUAAGGUUCCAAAGGGAAACUAUUACUUGUGUGACAAUGGUUAUGCAAAUUGUGAGGGGUUUCUAACGCCCUACAAGGGCGUUAGAUAUCAUCUAAAAGAGUGGGGUCCCACAGCUGCAAGACCCCAAAACAAGGAGGAGCUUUUUAACCUCCGGCAUAGUAAGGCUCGUAACGCCGUUGAACGAGCUUUUGGGAUCAUGAAGAUGAGAUGGGGAAUUCUCCGGUCUCCAACAUUUUAUCCUAUAAAAGUUCAAAAUAGACUAAUCAUGGCGUCCUUUUUAAUUAACAAUUUUAUCCGUAUGGAGAUGCCCGUUGAUCCAAUAGAGCAGGAACUUGAUGCGAUGGAACAAGCUAAUGCUAUAGGUGUAGCAGUGGGACCUGAUGAGUACAUCGAUACUGUUGAGUCAUCUCCCCAGUGGAAUGCAGCCCGAGACGAUUUGGCCGAGGGGAUGUGGCUCCAGUAUAUUAGCACUAUAUAG